AUGGCUACAUAUCAAGGCCGCUCUCCGUUUGCUGCUAAUACUACAAGCUCUGAUUGCGAUGGCGCUGCUGCUACAACGGUGGGACCCGCCGUGAUCCAUCACCAAGUUUUACGCGCGAAGGGCCUUCUCACACGAGAGGAGUAUGUAUCGCUGGCAGCAGCGCGGCGACGCGGGAGUCAUGCCGCUGCCACCGGCGCUACAUCCGCCGUUGGCACAGAGGCGGAAAAUACGAGUACCACCUUCAGCCGCUCAGCCUCAAAUGGCGCCGCAAACUCCGCUGCUGGCUCCGCCGCCGCCGUCGCCGCCGCCGUCGCCGCCGCCGCCGUUUCUCGCCGACUACAACCGCGCCGCCAUUCCCUCGGGGAGUUUCAUCCACCGAUGUCGCUGCCCCUCUCCGCGUCGACGCCUGCCGCGUUUUCCGCCACCGACGACGAUCAUGGCGCCGGCGCAGAUGAAGACACGCUGAUCAGCAGCAUCGGCAACGCUUUUUCAGGCGUACCUGAACCAUGUGCACUUGUUACAACGAGCCAUGGCUGCUUGCUAGACGAGUUACCUGACGAUGUUCUGGUCAAUAUCUUCGCCGCGCUUGGCUCUGCGCGACACGUGGCAGCGGCCGGCGCGGUCUGCCGUAGAUGGCGCCGUCUCGUGCCGUUCGUCCCCUCGCUCGCCUUCGCCCGCCUCUCGCUCCCUCCCGCUAAAAUCGAAGAGGUGGUAUCGCGUAUGGUGAUGCGCUCCCAUGGCCUGUCGUCUCUCCACGUGGAGUCCGCAAACUGCGGCGGGAGUACCGGCGGCAUUGGCGGCGCCGGCAGCGCGCAUCCUCGCGAGUUCAUCGUCGAGGCGUGGGCUCGCCACGCUGGCACCUCCCUCCGCCACGUCACCUUCACGCAGCACAAGGCCGUCACCGCCGCCGGAUACUCCGCCGCGUCACCCGCUGGUGGCUCCGACGUUCCCAGCUGCACGGUCUACGCGGGCGGUCCGGACCUGAGCUCCCAUCUGCAGCACCUCGCGUCGCAUUGCCCCAACCUCUCCUCGAUGCGCCUCGGCGCGUUCACCCUACCACCGCAUUCCCUCCGCGGACACUCCGCGUUUCCGCAUCUGCGCACGCUUUCCCUCGAGUGGGUCAACCUGUCCGGUUCCGCGCUCCAAUCCCUGCUCGACGCGUGUCCCAAUCUCCGCCACCUCGCCGUCUUCAUGGCGGCGGGUCUCGCCGCGCAAGCCGCCUCCUAUCCCGCCGGCUAUAACGCUGCCCUACAAGCCGCCACCGGCGCGCGGGCAGCAGCGGGACAGCGCGCGGGGCUGUGCUUGCGCCUGCCCCCGCGAUUGGAGUAUAUCGAGCUCGCUUAUCUGCGCGUCUCCGCCGUCACACUUUUCUGCAGCGAGGCUUCCUGUAGUGCCGGGGACAAGAGCGUGCGCGGCGGCGACGGCGGCGACGGCGGUGGCGGCGGAGGUGGCGGCGAAAUCGGCGGCCUCCGCGAGGUGUCGAUUCGAGACAUGUUUCUCACCGCGCUCUCCCUCCCCAACGCGCGCGCGCUCGCGACUCUCUCCGUCGCCACCGCCUCCGCGCUGCGCCUCUCCGCGCCCGCUUCCACCGCCCUCGCGUCGAUCGAGGUCCGCGCGGGAACCGUUCACUGGCCGUCGCUCGAGUCGCUUGUAGCGGGCGCAGGCGCUACGCUGAAGCAUCUCGCGCUGGAUCUCUUCACCGUCGAAUGCGGCGGCUCCGGCGCUCCGCGCAGCGGCGCGACGGCCUAUCACCCGCGGGAGGCGGCGGCGCGCGACGGUAUUGACGGGAUGCGGGGAGUUACAACCACCACAACCGCCGCGGGAAGCGAAAGUUUCGAUCUGCUGAAUUUGGAUUGGCUGGUUGGACAUUGCCCUAAUCUCUCCUCGCUCUCCCUGGGGCCUCUCCCUUGGGAAUGUCUUAUCCGCGGCGGUUGCAUCACCGCUCCUGGUUGGUUGCCUGGUUCGGGUUCGGAUCCGGGAGGUUCGGCAGAGGAUUGGGUGACACUGGGUCGGGUGAUGAACCCGGUUGCUGUGGAAGCUUGGCCGAGCCAGCUGGAGAAUCUUUCUGUGAAGCUUCGGGGAAGGAGCGGGGCUACACUGCUUUGGAUCGGCGCGUUUAUGCGGCAGUGUGCGGGUAGUUUGAAGAGUUUGGAGGUGGUUUGUUUAGAGGAUGAGGAGGAGGAGGAAGAGGAGGAGGAAGAGGAGGAAGAGGAGGAGGAGGAGGAGGAGGAGGAGUGCAGUGAGUAUGGAAGUGAGAUUCAGCAUGACAAGGAGCAGCAUGAAGGGAUGGAGGAUGAAGGGUCUGAGGAAGAGUGGAACGGAGGGGAAAGAGAGGAAGAUUUGGAGGAGUUAACUGCUUGUACGAAGGUGACUUCUAGUUUCCCUCACAUGGUACCGCAUACGGUCAGUGAUGCCAGGCAGAAGUUGAUUGCAGCGCGCCUAUUCUUCUCCUCUGCUCUAGAUGCUCUUCAAAGAGCGUUCCCACAUGUAGAGGUCAUUGCGCCGUCCUCCUAUGCGUAA